AUGAAACCCGUUGCCCCCGGCGAUGUGCCUGUCUUCGUCUUUGGGGACCAGACGGACGUCUUCUACCCAACGAUCAAGCUCCUCUACGCCCAGUCGUCGGCUAGCCCAUGGCUCCGCCUCUUCUUACAGACCGCAACGUCCACCCUCAAGGACGAGAUACAGGCGAUGGAGCCUAACCUGAGAGACACAUUCGGUGGCGACUUCACAGACCUCUUACAGCUCGCCGAGCGCUUUCGGGAAUCCGGCGACCCUGAGGGCCUGGCGAGCACUGUUCUGGUGACCAUCAUGCGAACCGGCGUUCUCGUGCAAUAUCUCGAAUCCAACCCGGCCCUCUUCUGCUCCAGCACUGAAUCCCCGACAUGUCUGGUGGCCGCCUGCGGGGGCCUGCUCGUUGCAGCAGCUCUUCUUUUCGCCCACGACAUGGCCUCGCUGUGCCGCGCCGGUCUCGACACGAUACGCAUGGCGCGCCGCUUGAUCGAGGUCGUCACCUCGAGGUCCCGGUCGAUCCAGGACGGCCCCGGAUGCUGGGGUUGGCUGGUACAGGGCGUCGACGCUACCAAGCUGCAGUCCGCUCUGGAUUCCUACCAUGAGACCGAGAACACGGUGGAACACAGAAAGAUGAAGCUGGCCGGGACGGGCCUCGAAAACGCGUGGCAUACCGUCGUCGGUCCCCCGGCGGUGCUGGAGCACUUCUUCGAGACAUUCCCGGCGGUGCAGAACCUCGCAAAAUCCAAACUACGGGUCUCGGGCCUCGUCCACGUCAUAUCAGAUGUGACGCAGGCCGAGAUCGAUCACGUAGCCGGUGGCAUGACCAGCGCCCUUCCCAUCAUGGAGAGCAACCCCGUGCGCGCUAAUGUCAAGCUGGUGUCGCUGGGCGAGGGCGGCGUUCUCUCGGCCCCGACGUGGAGUGUCCUGCUGCAGCUCCUCGUCCGUGAGAUCCUCAGCCAGCCCCUCAACAUGCCGCGGGGGCUAUCCGCCGUCAGCUCGGUGCUCCCGUCCGGCGCUGCGGUCAAGGUCUACGGCGUAGGGCCCUCGGUCCACAUCCCGACGUUAUGCGCGUAUCUGGGGGGCCAGGGCAACAAGGUCGUGGGGGUCGAGCGGGAUCCCAAGCCGCCGUUGGGCGAGCAGGACGCCAUGCAGAGCCCGGGGCGUGUUGCCAUUGUGGGCAUGGGAGGACGAUACCCGCGUUCCGGCGAUCUGGAGGAGUUUUGGCAACACAUCUGUCAAGGAAAAGCCCUUCACACCGAGAUCCCGAAAGACCGCUUCAGUCUUGACGAUUACUACAGCGCCAGCAGCUCUCCUUUCACGACAAACACCAAAUACGGAUGCUUCCUCGACAACCCGGGCCUCUUUGACGCCCGCUUCUUUAGCCUCUCCCCUCGCGAGGCGAUGGAAGUCGACCCGGCACACCGCCUUUUCCUCCUCGCCGUCUUCGAGGCCCUCGAGUCCGCCGGCUACUCCCGCCGGCCGCACACCAAGACGGCGGCCUGCCGCUUCGCCACGUUCGUCGGCCAGAUCGCCGACGACUGGGCAGAGAUCACCCGACUCCGCGGCGGCGACGCCUUCAGCCUCACCGGCAUCCAGCGCUCCUUCGCGGCCGGCCGCGUCAACUACCACUUCAAGUGGGCCGGCCCGGCCGUCACCCUCGACACAGCCUGCUCGUCGAGCAUGACGGCCCUCGACCAGGCCUGCACCUUUCUGCUGUCGGGCCAGUGCGACAUGGCCGUCGCCGGCGGCACAAACAUCCUCACCAGCCCCUCCAACUUCAACAUCCUCGGCAAGGCCGGUUUCACUUCCACCACCGGCGGUAGCAAGUCGUACCGCGCCGACGCCGACGGCUACUGCCGCGGCGAGUUCGUCGGCGCCUUCGUACUGAAGCGUUACGAGGACGCCGUCGCCGCCAACGACAACAUCCUCGCCGUCAUUCUCAGCUCCGCGAGGAACCAUUCGGGCGACGCCGUGUCUAUCACGCACUCGGACCCGGAGGCCCAGCAGGAGCUGAUGGCCGAGGUGCUCCGCAAAGCCCGCCUGGAGCCCUCGGACGUAUCCUACGUCGAGAUGCACGGCACCGGCACCCAGGUCGGCGACUACGCCGAGAUGAUGGCCGUCAGCAAAGCUCUCGGCCGCCGCCGCCGCCCACUUCCUCUCCCCCUGGGCUCUAUCAAGGCGAACGCAGGACACGGCGAGGCUGGUGCCGGUGCCGCGGCUGUGAUCAAGGCCAUCAUGAUGUUUGAGAGAAACAUCAUGCCGCCCCAGCCUGGCCUUCCCGGUCAGCUAAACCCGCGGUUCCCUCCCUUGUCGGAACUCAACGUCGAGAUCCCCACGGAGACGCAGAGUUUCGCGCCUGUGCCUGGACGCCCACGGAGGAUAUUAUUGAACAACUUUGAUGCGGCGGGCGGAAACACCUGUAUUUUGCUGGAGGAACCGCCAUCUCGCGGCAACGUCACGGACGUGUUGUCGGAAUCGGGGAUCGGCCUCCCGUCCAGAUACGUCGUCGUCACCUCGGCCAAGUCCCUCAAGUCUCAUGAGAUGAACAAGAAGAGACUUCUGGCGUACCUCGGGUCAAACCCAACCGUGCGCAUCCAAGACCUCGCCUAUACUACCGCCGCCAGACGCCUGCACCACUCCAUCCGCUCAGCCUACACGGCCGCGUCUGUCGAGGAGCUCGCGCGCCUGAUCGAGGCCGAUAUCGAAGCCGCCGCCGCCGCCGCCGCCGCCGGAGGACCUGCGCCCGGCUCCCCCGCCCGAAGAACCCCCAUCGUCUUCGCCUUCUCCGGCCAGGGCCAGCUUCACGCUGCCAUGGGCGCCUCUCUGUACCGCGACAGCGCCGCAUUCCGCAAAAAGAUGAAGACUUGCGUCCGCAUCUGCGAGUCGCUAGGCUUUCCGGCGUCCUUUGUUGACAUCAUCACCGACCCCAGCGUCGACGUCACGGAACGUACCGCCUCCGAGACCCAGCUGGCCAUCGUGUGCCUUGAGGUCUGUCUGGCCGCCUUCUGGACCUCGUGCGGCAUCGUUCCGGACUUCGUCAUUGGCCACAGCUUGGGGGAGUUCGCCGCUCUGCACCUGGCCGGUGUCCUCUCCCUCACCGACACACUAUUCCUGGUCGGCAAGCGCUCGCAGCUGAUGGAGCGGAGAUGUCGGGCCGGAGCCUUCUCUAUGCUGUCCAUCAAGGCUUCGUCAAGCUCCGCCGUGAUCAGCCAGCUGCUCGAGGAGUACCCCAGCACGUCCGUCUCGUGCAUCAACGGGCCCACGGCCACCGUUCUUAGCGGUCCGUCAGAGGACAUAUCGUCUCUGCAGGCCGCGUUGCGGACGCAACAUAAUAUCUGGUCCACGACUCUGCCGUUGCCGUACGCCUUCCAUUCGGCCCAGAUGGUCCCUGUGUUGGACGAAUAUGCCACCCUCGCACGAAGCGUCCCCUUCGGCACCCCCAAGAUCCCUUUCGCCUCGACGUUACUGGGGGAAGUCAUCUCCCAGGGCAACCGCAUCGAUGCGGCGUAUCUCGUCCGACAAACCCGCGAGGUCGUCGACUUUCAGGGCGGCGUACAGGCCAUCCAAUCCAGACUCGAAGGCGGCGGCGGCGGCCUGUGGCUGGAGUUGGGCCCGGCCGCCGUACUUACGGACCUGACCGCGUCCAUCUUGUCAUCAUCGCCCUCGUCGCGGACGGGGGGCGCACGCAUGGUCUGCUCGCUGAAGCCCGGCGGCUCGCCCUGGGACUCCAUCUCUGCCGCCCUCGCCGCUGCCUACGAGACGCAGCAGGACGUCGACUGGGUCGGCUUCUACGCCCCCUAUGCCUCCCAGCUGAGUCUGGUCCGGUUGCCUUCUUACGCUUUCGACCUCAAGGACUACUGGCGUCCGUACCCGUCGCCCGCGCCCGCGCCCGCGCCCGCGCCCGCAGCCGCUUCCCCGCCGGUCCUUGAAGCUCCCCCUCCUCUGCUCUCUACCUGCCUUCACCACGUCAUCUCCACGUCGGCCAAACUCUUCGAGUUCCGUUCCUCCCUCUUCGAGCCUCACCUCAAGUCGCUCAUCGAUGGCCACCGUCUGAUGGACGUACCCAUCUCGCCAGCCUGCGUCCUGGGCGAGAUGGCCCUCACCGCGGCCAGCUAUGCCCUCGGAAGAGCAGGCCACGAGACGUGCGAGGCCAUCGAGCUCGGCACCAGAAACUGCGUCUUCCUGAGACCGGUGUCGGUCGACAGCAGUAGAACCGGCCUGACGGUCACCAUCACUGCCGAGAUUCGUAACCGGCCCGAAGGCACCGCUGUCGAGAUCAAAAUGUUGGUGGACCAGCAAGACGGCUCCAGCCUCCCCGCCGCGCAGGUCGAAGUGCACAUGACAAGCCCUCAACGCCUCGCGGCCGACUGGGCCAUGGUCUCGCGCUUCAUCUGGGAACGCUGCGCCAGCGUCGUCGACGCCGCAAAGGCUGGCAGCGGCCAGCGCCUCACCCCGUCCUUCUUCUACUCCAUCUUCGCCCAGACGGUCAGCUACUCCGCCGCCUUCCAGCGCGUCGUCGACGUCUUCCUGUCCCCCGACAUGCAAGAGGGCGUCGCCAACGUCGUGCUGGCGCCCGCCCCGGAAUCAUGCUCCUUCACUCUCAACCCUUAUUGGCUCGAUAGCCUGACCCAUCUCGCCGGCUUCCUCGUCAACGGCGAUCCUUCCAAGCCUGCCGACGUGUUGUACAUGAUGAACUCUUACGACUCGUACAACAUCGUCGAGCCCCUCGAGUCAGGCCGCCCGUACACCGUCUACACCCGCGUCGUCAAGCGGGACAAGAAGUCGGCCGUUGUCAACGUCUAUGUUUUUUGCGACCAGCGCCUCGUCAUGCAGAACCUCGGCCUACAUCUCCAGCAGAUCCCAAAGUCCCUCAUCGCGCGCAUGAUUGGCAAGACAGAGGGUCCCGACAGCAAGCCAGCUGCCCCUGGCGCUGCACCGGCCUUGUUACGGUCAGCAGCAGCAGGAAAUACAAAGAGGGACCACUCGCUCGCCGUCACCUCACAAACUGGCCCGAUACCGGCGCGGCCCGCAGUCGUGGCGCGGCCCUUCCAGCCGCAGCCGCGGAAGCCCGAGGCGACACCCGGCAGACCCCCGAUCGCCGACGCCCUCCUGGCGGCCAUUGCUGAAGAGACCGGGUGCGAGGUGUCCGACCUGACGAGCUCGACGAGACUGCAGGACCUCGGGGUGGACUCCAUCAUGGCCGUCCAAAUCGCGGAAAGCCUGCGGAGCAAGCUGGGAAUAGAGAUCGGCGCCUCCGUGUUCCACGAGCAUUCCUCCGUCGGCGAGCUUCUGCGAGCACUCGCGGGGGUGGGUUCCGAAGCCGUCGACUCGGAAAAGCCGCAUCAGCCGUCGGCGACCACGCGGGCCAACGCGCUCGCGGGCGGUUCCGACGCUCUGUCCAACGACGCCGACGUCGGCACUUCACCAUCCGCCGGCGGAGGCGGCCGGUUCGGGCUCCUCGGGGUGCUCUUGAGCACCAUCGCUGCCGAGACCGGUGCCGAGGUAUCCGAUAUCGAAGACGACUUCACCGCCCUCGCGGACCUCGGCGUCGACUCUAUCAUGGCCAUGCAGAUCGCGGCCAAUGUUCGGGAUCAGACGGGCAUCGAUAUCCAUCCUUCAACGCUCGUCGAGAAUCCCACCAUUGGCGAUCUGCGCCGGACUUUUGGUCAGCAUCACGAGCAGCAGCAGCCGCAAGUUGCCGAGUCGGGAUCUGAGGCUGCGGCGGCUCUGUCGUCGGAAGCAUCAUCAAUAAAUGCCUCGAUCACUGCAGGCUACUCAUUCGUCGAGCACGCCGGGACACCGAGCACGACUGAUACCUCGGAGGUCGUCGUCGUCAACCCUACCAUCGAUUCUCUCAGCCACCAAGCCCCCCAAACGCCCGUGGCGCCCUCGACCCCGGCCGCGACCCCCUUGAAGGUUAACGUUGUCCUCAUGCAAGGCCGUAAAGCUUCCGGCCACACGCCGCUCUUCAUGUUCCCCGACGGCGCCGGCAGCGCCUCCACCUACAUGUACCUCAAGUGCUUCCGCAACGGUCGGCCCCUCUACGUCCUCGAGUCCCCCUACCUUAACAACCCGCGCGACUUCACCGUCGGCGUCGAGGAGGUGUCGGCCCUCUUCAAACAGGCCGUCCUCGACACCUACCCCGCAGGUAACUUCCUCCUUGCCGGCUACUCGGGCGGCGCCGUCUACGCCUACGAAACGGCCCGUCAGCUCAUAGCCGACGGCCACACCGUCAGCGGUCUCCUCCUCUUCGACAUGGCCGUGCCCUGCCUCCGCCCUGACCCGGGCAUGCCCCCUUCAAUGAGCCUCCUCCUCCCUGCCGCCAUGGUGCAGUCCCGCAACUGGGCCGAUCCGACCAUCAUGCGCAACCAGCAGGCGCACAUGGCCCAGAUGGUCCGCACCGUUGCCGAGUACGACCCCGUCCCCAUGCCCCCCGGCAAGCGACCCCUCCGCACCUGGGUGACGUGGUGCAAGCGCGGCGUCAUCGAGCGCCUCGACGAAGCCGCCCGCCGCCAGCUGCGCCAGAGCGGCAUCCUCACCGACGCCAUCCCCAACUUCAUGGAGGACUCCGCCGUCGGCCCCUUUGCCUGGGCCAUCCCCGCCGGCAAGCCCCUCGGGCCUAACGGCUGGGACAGGCUUGUCGGCCCCGUCAGAUGCACCUCUAUUGACGCCGAUCACUUUACCAUGAUCAUCCCGCCCGAUGUAGGUGGUCUCUUCCGCGUAGACUCUCAAACUUGA